CCGACCCGGACACCUUUUUUCCUCGAUGUUACCGACUCGGGGCACGGGACGAGAAGCAUGCUUUCAUUGGUCAGAUAUUUCUCCAUCAGAGGAUAAUGUCCAUAAUCCAGCUCACCAUGUGUGUCCUCCCUAAAGAGGACUACAGGAGGACAGCCUGCACUAGUCUUCUGAAGUACGUUGUUGAGACUGCGCAGGACGUACACAAAAAGAGGGAAAAGGAGUCCAUUGGAGAAGCACCUGAGAUGAUUCCGAGAAUGAUCGACGCCGCUCUCAAAGUGUGCCAGGGUUUUCUGGAGAGUUUACAGCACGCUGACAUCGACACCGGCUCGGACCCGAGUCAAUCCCUCACCAAGCAGGAGUGGGAGGAGCUUAUCCAUGCCUACUAUUUGGUUGUUCAUGGUGGAGCUCAGGUGGAUGUCAGUGAGCAGUUAGUCGGCUGCUGCCGGGCCAUGUUGCACAGGCUGUCUGGGGUCAGUCCACAGCUGGACACGGACGGCAUACACAACAUCUGGAUCGUCAAGCCGGGAGCUAUGUCCAGAGGCAGAGGAAUCAAAUGUGCCAAACGUUUGGAGGAGAUCCUCAGCCUGGUGGACAGAGAUACGGCUCUCAUCAAGGAAAGCAAAUGGGUGGUGCAGAAAUACCUGGAGCGUCCCUUCCUGGUGGAAGGCACCAAGUUCGACCUGCGCCAGUGGUUUCUGGUGACAGACUGGAACCCUCUCACCGUGUGGUUUUAUAGAAAGUGCUACUUGCGCUUUUCUACGCAGCCUUACUCUGUGGACACCAUGGACAACUCUGUGCACUUGUGCAACAAUUCCAUCCAGAAGUAUCUGAGGCCUUCUAAUCGACGCCAUCCUAUCAUCCCGGAAGACAACAUGUGGUCAGACGACCAGUUCACCACCUUUCUGUCUAGUCGGGGCCGCCAGACCCAGUGGGAGACUGAGGUGGUGCCCGGGAUGAAGAAGGCUGUGGUGCAUGCCUUGCAAACGGCACAGGACCUUGUCGACUCCCGCAAGAACACGUUUGAGCUCUAUGGUGCUGACUUCAUGUUAGGCCGGGACCUCCAACCAUGGCUGAUUGAAAUCAAUGCCAGUCCCACCAUGGCUCCUUCUACUCACAUCACGGCCCGCCUGUGUUCAGCUGUGCAGGAAGACACGCUGCGUGUGGUACUGGACAGGAGAGCAGACAGAUCAGCCAACACGGGAGACUUUGAGCUCAUAUAUCACCAGGCAGCAGUAGAUGUUCCACAGUACGUGGGAGUCAACCUCCUUGUCGAGGGCUUCAGGCUCAAAGGCUCAUGUUUACUUCCGCCGCUCAGGCCUCUCAACCGCUUCGACCCAAAGCAUCGUGGCAAAGUCACGGUCAAGAAGGCGAUGUCUACAGAAAAAUCGCAGACUUUCCCCAAGGUGGUGGACAACACGACAGGCAGAGUUCCUCGUCUUCCUCCUGCUCAUCGUCCUUCCCAGCCACCAGUGCCUGUUCCUGUUGGAACCUUGACCCUGGAUCUACCAAAGACAGGUCACAGGUCCGUGCUUGUACCUCUGAAUGCUUGCUCACACUCUGUCUUUCUCUGGAGACGGGGCGUGGAAGUUAAACCUCUUCAAUGACCUGGAAGUGGGCCAUCUGGUUUUCCGUCGGCCAGUAAUAGGCUAAAAACAGGGUUCGUACUUCGACCAACUGAGAGGUUUUCUUUUGUUGUGUGUCUUUAAACGUCAAGCUCUUUUGAGGCGAGCCAGGUCAACGUGUCAUCGUCCAGGUCGAUCAGACCUUGUUCGCCAUUCGGUGGCCAGUGUUUGGGGCAACUAGUGACUAUGUGCUCUACUGUCUGGACUGGGUCCCCACACUUGCAGGAGGCACU